CUGCUUCAUGCUGAAAGCGUCUAUGCACGAAAGCUACUUGUCAUUGUGUAUGUCCACCUCGACAUAUAAAAGGAAAUUUACAGGCUCGAUCCUCUGCUAGCUGACCGUGGUUGAUUAGAGAUGUCGUCCGGAGCUCUUUUUCCGAGUUUGGUAUCGGGGUCCCGCGGCUCCUCCAGCAAAAACCUUGUGGAGUUCAGAGCCGGGAAGAUGACGCUGAAGGGCAGCACGGUGACACCGGACAAGCGCAAGGGCCUCGUGUACAUCCAGCAGACUGACGACUCCCUUAUCCAUUUCUGCUGGAAGGACCGCACGUCAGGAAACGUGGAUGAUGAUCUGAUCAUUUUCCCUGAUGACUGUGAGUUCAAGAGGGUCAACCAGUGCACUACAGGGCGAGUCUAUGUGCUCAAGUUCAAGGCUGGAUCCAAAAGGCUUUUCUUCUGGAUGCAGGAGCCCAAAACAGACAAAGAUGAGGAGUAUUGUCGUAAGGUGAACGAGUACCUCAACAAUCCCCCCAUGCCAGGUGCUUUGGGGAGUGGGGGCAGUGGAGGCCAUGAGCUGUCGGCUCUUGGAGGAGAAGGUGGGCUGCAGAGCCUUCUGGGUAAUAUGAGCCAUAACCAGCUGAUGCAGCUGAUUGGACCAACUGGACUGGGCGGCCUCGGGGGUCUUGGUGCACUAGCGGGACCCGGGCUGGCCAGCCUGCUGGGCAGUGGAGCCCCACCCACCAGCAGUUCCUCCAGUUCUCGUAGUCAGUCCACAGCGGUCACCCCUUCCUCCGCCUCCUCCGCCACCCGCAUUGGCUCCGCCCAGACCCCAACCCCUGUCACCCCAGCCACGGCCACAGGCUCCUCCCCAGCUGUCACCCCCACCACGCCUGCGGCCCCCGCCACGCCCAGCCCUACGCAGCCAAUCCAGCUGAGCGACCUGCAGAGCAUCCUGGCCACCAUGAACGCGGGCGGGACGCAGGGAGUGGACCUGGCCAGCGUGCUGACCCCAGAGGUCAUGGCCCCCAUCCUGGCCAAUGCGGAGGUCCAGCAGCGGCUCCUUCCUUACCUGCCGUCAGGGGAGUCUUUGCCACAGAGCGCCGAUGAGAUCCAGAACACACUCACAUCCCCACAGUUCCAGCAGGCUAUGAGCAUGUUCAGCAGUGCGCUGGCGUCUGGGCAGCUGGGGCCACUUAUGAACCAGUUCGGCCUGCCUACAGAAGCAGUGGAUGCAGCCAACAAAGGAGACGUAGAAGCAUUUGCCAAAGCCAUGGAAGGUGAGGGAAAAACGGACAAGGAUGAAGACCCCAAAGACAAGAAGGAUGACGAGGAAGACAUGAGCUUGGAUUAGGAUUUGGCUGCAUUUGCUUUGCCCCCCCGACCCCCCC